AUGUCUCAAACUGGCCCUUUAGAUAUUCGUUAUAAGAAAUUGACCAAUGACUAUGUCUCAACUUUUCAAGUCAAUGGUAAAGAAUGCUUAAAAAUUGAUAAUCAAGCCUUACGAUUACUUUCUUCUACCGCAAUGGUAGAUAUUGCUCAUCUUCUCAGACCUUCCCAUUUGCAGCAGUUGCGUAAAAUAUUAGAUGAUCCUGAAGCUUCUUCAAAUGACACAUUUGUUGCUUUGGAAUUACUCAAGAAUGCUAAUAUAGCUGCCGGAAUGAUAUUGCCUGGUUGUCAAGAUACUGGAACUGCAAUAGUGAUUGGUAAGAAAGGCCAGUAUGUCUGGACAGAAGGCAAAGAUGAAGAAGCUCUAUCUCAAGGCAUUUAUGAUGCCUACACUACCAAAAAUCUCCGUUACUCACAAGUUGCCCCUUUGGAUAUGUUUACAGAAAAAAAUACUGGCAAUAACCUACCAGCACAAAUUGAACUCUAUGCUACAAACUCCAAUCAAUACGACUUUCUUUUUCUUGCAAAAGGAGGUGGCUCUGCCAAUAAGACAUUUCUAUAUCAAGAAACAAAGGCCUUGUUAAACCCUGAAAGGCUUACCCAAUUCAUAGAUGAGAAAAUCAAAACUAUUGGUACCGCUGCUUGCCCUCCGUAUCAUUUAGCCAUUGUUAUCGGUGGACUAUCUGCUGAAAUGACCCUGAAGACAGUUAAAUUAGCUUCAUGUCGCUACCUGGACAACUUGCCAACAAAAGGAAACGAAUAUGGACAUGCAUUCCGUGAUAUCGAAUUAGAGGAAAAAGUUCAUCAACUAAGUCGCAGUACUGGAAUUGGUGCACAAUUUGGGGGCAAAUACUUCUGCCAUGAUGUUCGUAUCAUUCGCUUACCCCGACAUGGCGCCUCAUGUCCUGUCGGAAUUGGAGUGUCUUGCUCAGCAGAUAGACAGAUUAUUGGUAAGAUUACCCAAGACGGUGUGUUCUUAGAACAAAUGGAAACUAACCCUGCCCAAUAUUUGCCCGAUGUUACAGAAGAUUCACUUAGCGGGGAUGUCAUUAGUAUUGAUCUAAAUCAACCCAUGGAAAGUAUCCUACAAUUACUUUCUGAUUACCCUAUUAAAACACGAGUAUCGCUCUCUGGCACUUUAGUCGUUGCUCGUGAUAUUGCUCAUGCUAAACUUAAGGAACGAUUGGAUAAAGGCGAUGGAUUACCACAAUAUAUUAAAGAUCAUCCCGUUUACUAUGCCGGUCCAGCCAAAACACCCGAGGGUUACGCUUCUGGAUCCUUUGGCCCAACUACUGCUGGUAGAAUGGACUCUUACGUAGAUCAAUUCCAAGCCAAUGGAGGUAGUAUGAUCAUGUUAGCGAAGGGUAACAGAAGUAGGCAAGUCACCAAAUCUUGUAAAAAGCAUGGUGGAUUCUACUUGGGCUCAAUCGGUGGACCGGCUGCUAUUUUGGCCAAAAAUUGUAUUAAAAAGGUUGAAGUACUUGAAUAUCCUGAGCUUGGUAUGGAAGCUAUUUGGAAAGUUCAAGUAGAAAAUUUUCCAGCCUUUAUUGUAAUCGACAAUAAGGGCAAUGAUUUUUUUAAGCAAUGGCAACAAUAG